CCAUUGUUUGCUUGACUCUGUUAACGGCGGCGCGCCGCCCGAGAGACCGCCAAAUGGAAGAAAACCUGCCUUCAACCGCCUCGCCGCCGCCUUCUCCUCCUCCUCCUCCUUCGCCUGAACCAGCCACAGAUUCUAAGCAUCAAAGGUCUACCACGCCGUCUCCGAUACCGCCGUCAUCGGUGAUACGGCUGUGGAGACCGGCGGCACAGCGAAACAUCCGGAACCAGUGGUCGAAAUUGGCCUCUUACAGGCAGCAAUGGUCCUCCGCCUCAUCCUCAGCCCGGUCUCACGCUACUUCCACUGUUAACUCCUAUCUCUCUCAAAGGUACAUGAAGGGUAUGGAGUUGGGUGCUCUGAGUGAUAUGCCGGAUAUCAGGAAGAAAGCCUGCUGGAAAUUGUUUAAGCAGCAGAUGCUGCUUCGGAGCAAAUUUUUAUCUUCCUACAGGGAUAUGGUGGCUGUUGUAGUGCACAUGGUGAAUGCAAGCAAAUCUAUGAGGAGCUUCCUUCAAGGGGCUGGUGGUCCACUCAUACAAUUUUCUAGCAUAUCGGUGGAUAAGAAUGACAAUGGGGAUGGUGGUGGUAUCCCAGUAUUUACAUUCUGGUCAAUUCCUGCUUUUGAGGAGUUAGCACACGAGCUUGUUCAGAUGUUCAGAUUGGAACUGAAUUUGAAGCGGCUUCUUGUGGUGGAGUUUCUCUCUAUCAGUUAUGAAGAAUAUCCAAUAGGUGAAGUGUGCUGGUCAGAUGAGCUGUAUCCUGGAGAAUUUGAUGAUUUAUGCAUAUGCAGCUUGUAUUCUGAAGAAACUUGUGAACCUGUUCACCCAGAGAGCUGGAAGUCUGACAUGUCUACUGACCAACGUAAUUGCCAACCAGACCAUGAUGUUUUGCAGGUGUCUGAAUUACUACUUGUUGGAGUUGCAGGUUUAUUUAACAUCCUGGCUUGCAGAGGUGAACAUUGAUAUGUACAGGCUGGAAGAAAUUUUCUCCAUUGUAGGAGAGGAAAUGCAUAUUACCUUUUCCUGAGGCAGCUUCUUCAGCACCUAUUGGAGAAAAAGGAGAGGCCCACCAGCAAUAUUUCCCAUUUUCAGGUGCGAAACGGAGGGUUUCUUGGUACCACUAAUGUUGAUAAGUGAAGUAACUGACUGGUUGUUCCAGUCUUCAGACAUUAAUUUAAAUGGGGUUUGUGACUGUUGCUCAAAAAUGUGCUCCAAAUCAGAGUUCCUACUUAGAACUAAUUGAGACUUGCUAGACUGCAUGAAGAUUGAAGACAGACUUGAGGCAGCAUAUAAUUACUCUCAAUAAUACAAGUGGGGGCAUUGUUGCAAUUCUUGUAUAUACAAUACAUGUGUACAUUGUACUGUCACGGCCCUGGAAUUAGGAAGUUAUUUUUUAUUUCA